AUGUCCGCAGCGGAGGCGGGGGGUGUUUUCCGCAGAGCCCGGGGCAGGACCCUGGACGCGUUUCCCGCAGAACAGGAAAGGGAAUGGAAAGGUCCUUUCUACUUCAUCCAGGGUGCAGACCCACAGUUUGGACUGAUGAAGGCCUGGUCCACUGGGGACUGUGAUAAUGGUGGAGAUGAGUGGGAGCAGGAGAUCCGUUUAACUGAGCAAGCCAUUCAGGCCAUCAACAAGCUGAACCCCAAGCCCAGAUUCUUUGUUCUGUGUGGGGACCUCAUCCAUGCCAUGCCAGGGAUGCUCUGGCGGAAGGAGCAGACGAAGGACCUGCAGCGGGUGCUCAGGAAGGUGGACAGCGACAUCCCGCUGGUCCUGGUGAGCGGCAACCACGACGUGGGCAACGUCCCCACGCCCGAGACCAUCGCCGAGUUCCAGGAGACGUGGGGAGACGACUACUUCAGCUUCUGGGUCGGGGGCGUCCUGUUCCUCGUCCUCAACUCCCAGUUUCUGUACGACGCCUCCCUGUGCCCCGCCCUGAAGCAGGCCCAGGACCAGUGGCUGGACCAGCAGCUGAGCGCCGCGGGGCAGCGGAAGUGCCAGCACGCCAUCGUCUUCCAGCACAUCCCCCUCUUCCUCCAGAGCAUCGACGAGGACGAUGACUACUUCAACCUCACCAAGAGCGUGCGGAAGGAGAUGGCAGACAAGUUCGCCAAAGCAGGUAUCAAAGCUGUGUUCUCGGGCCACUACCACAGGAAUGCCGGGGGUACCUACCAGAACAUGGAUGUCGUGGUGUCAUCUGCCAUCGGGUGCCAGCUGGGCAACGAUACCCAUGGGGUCCGAGUCGUGGUGGUCACCGCUGACAAGAUCGUUCAUCGGUACUACAGUUUGGACGAGCUGAGUGAGAGGGGAAUAGAAGGUGACCUGAUGGACUUAAUGAAGGAAAAAUGA